AAUAAAAAAAAAUAAAAAAAAAAUAAAAAAAAUUACUAGGUAAAUCCUGUUAUAUUCCUCCCUUCAAAGUUACUUUCUUUUGAAAAAAAAAAAAGCUUUCCCCUUUUGCUGCAAAACCUUAAUUUUACUUUGAUCUCUCUAAUUUGUAGCUAAUUCAUCACCAUGGCCAAAAGCUCAUUCAAAUUGGAACACCCUCUUGAGAGGCGACAGGCUGAAGCUGCUCGUAUCAGGGAGAAGUACCCUGAUAGAAUACCGGUUAUUGUGGAGAAGGCUGAAAGAAGUGACAUUCCUGACAUUGACAAGAAAAAGUACUUGGUUCCUGCUGAUCUAACUGUGGGGCAAUUUGUGUACGUUGUUCGUAAGAGAAUAAAGCUUAGUGCUGAGAAGGCUAUUUUCAUCUUUGUGAAAAAUAUCCUUCCUCCCACAGCUGCCAUGAUGUCCGCCAUUUAUGAGGAACACAAAGACGAGGACGGCUUCCUGUACAUGACCUACAGUGGAGAGAAUACAUUUGGAUCCUUCUAAAAAUGCAGUAAAACUGAUGUUACAUUUUCAAAAAAAAAAAAUGCAGUAAAACUGCGCUAUAUGUAAAUAAGUCUUAGAGAACACUUGUAAAUUCGUACUAUCUUGUGCUAUCUUCCUUCCAAAAGAUAGAAUCUUCUAUCCGCUGCCUACUUGUUUAACUUCGGUUAACGGUUACUGGUCUGCUGCUGUGCCA